UCCAGGCGCAAGGCCCCUGCCGCCAAUCGCCGCAGUGACUGCCGGGAUGCGCCGCAGCGAAUGGUCGCGCGGGGCGCCGCUCUGAGUGACCUUUCACCCGCGCCCAGCGGCCUCGGGCGGCAGCACAAGGCGGAAGCCAUGGCGGAGGCGGCGGGCGAGGCGGGCGCGAGCGAGCGGGACCCAGACGCGGGACGCGCGCGCCGGCGGCUGCGGGUUCUGUCGGGCCAUCUGCUGGGCCGGCCCCAGGAGGUUCCGAGUACCAAUGAGUGCAAAGCGCGGAGAGCCGCGUCGGCGGCCGGGGCGUCGCCCGCCGCCACUCCCGCCGCGCCAGAGUCGGGCACCAUCCCCAAGAAGCGGCAAGAAGUUAUGAAAUGGAAUGGAUGGGGCUAUAAUGAUUCCAAGUUCUUAUUCAAUAAGAAGGGCCAGGUUGAGCUGACUGGGAAAAGGUACCCUCUUAGUGGCUUGGCUUUACCAACUUUGAAAGACUGGAUCCAAAACACCCUUGGAGUAAAUCUGGAGCAUAAAACUACCUCUAAAACAUCCAUAAAUCCUAGUGAAGCACCUCCUUCUAUCGUGAAUGAAGAUUUCCUUCAGGAACUUAAAGAAGCUCAUAUUUCCUACUCACAGGAAGCAGAUGAUCGUGUGUUUAGAGCGCACGGUCAUUGUCUUCAUGAGAUAUUUUUGCUCAGAGAAGGGAUGUUUGAGCGGAUUCCUGAUAUAGUUGUAUGGCCAACAUGUCAUGAUGAUGUAGUUAAGAUUGUGAAUCUAGCAUGCAAAUAUAACCUUUGUAUCAUACCAAUUGGUGGAGGUACAAGUGUGUCCUAUGGCUUGAUGUGUCCUGCAGAUGAGAAAAGAACAAUAAUUUCUUUGGACACUUCACAAAUGAACCGGAUUCUCUGGGUUGAUGAGAACAAUCUGACAGCUCACGUAGAAGCUGGGAUAACAGGACAAGAUUUGGAAAGACAGCUCAAAGAAAGUGGUUAUUGUACAGGUCAUGAACCGGACUCCCUGGAAUUCAGUACUGUGGGAGGGUGGAUAUCUACUCGAGCAUCAGGAAUGAAGAAAAAUAUCUAUGGCAAUAUUGAAGACCUGGUGGUUCAUAUGAAAAUGGUAACACCUAGAGGUGUAAUAGAAAAAAGCUCCCAGGGACCUCGUAUGUCAACGGGCCCUGAUAUCCAUCACUUCAUCAUGGGAUCUGAAGGAACUCUUGGUGUAAUAACAGAAGCUACAAUAAAAAUCAGACCAACCCCUGAAUACCAAAAGUAUGGCUCGGUGGCUUUCCCUAAUUUUGAACAAGGUGUAGCCUGUUUAAGAGAAAUUGCAAAGCAGAGAUGUGCUCCUGCAUCUAUCCGCCUCAUGGACAACCAGCAGUUUCAGUUUGGUCAUGCUCUUAAACCUCAGGUCUCCUCUAUUUUUACAUCAUUUUUGGAUGGAUUAAAAAAGUUUUAUAUUACAAAGUUUAAAGGAUUUGAUCCAAAUCAAAUAAGCGUAGCCACAUUACUGUUCGAGGGAGACCGUGAGAAGGUUCUUCAGCACGAAAAACAAGUAUAUGACAUCGCAGCAAAAUUUGGUGGUCUCGCAGCUGGAGAAGAUAAUGGACAGAGGGGUUAUUUGCUGACUUAUGUCAUUGCAUACAUGCGUGAUUUGGGUUUGGAAUACUAUGUAAUGGGAGAAUCUUUUGAGACUUCUGCUCCUUGGGACAGGGUUAUAGAUCUGUGUAGAAAUGUAAAAGAGAGGAUAAGAAGGGAAUGCAAAGAAAGGGGAGUUCAGUUUGCACCUCUUUCUACGUGCAGGGUGACACAGACUUACGAUGCAGGUGCAUGUAUCUACUUCUAUUUUGCCUUUAACUACAGGGGAAUUAGUGACCCACUGACUGUGUUUGAACAGACUGAGGCAGCUGCUAGAGAUGAAAUCCUUGCCAAUGGAGGGAGCCUGUCACACCAUCAUGGAGUGGGCAAGUUACGAAAGCAGUGGCUAAAGGAGAGCAUCUCUGAUGUCGGCUUUGGGAUGCUAAAGUCUGUCAAAGAAUAUGUGGACCCCAGUAACAUCUUUGGAAACAGAAACCUUUUAUAACUCCAUUAAUAUCAUUGUGAAAAAUGUUACCUUUUAAAAGUCAUCAGCUAUGGUUAUACCAGUAAUCAAAUAUAUCAUGGGACUGUAUUUCAGUUACAUUUGUUUGUUGGUUUAAAAUGAGUUGGGUUUUGUUCUAUGCUUUGUUUCUACAUCUAUAGAUUGACAGAUGGUGUUCCUGGGUCUCAUUGUAGGUGUACCAGUUUAUAGCCAACUAACUGGUUGUCAUUUCAGAUUUUAGUCAGGCAGCACAAGGCUGCCCAUUAUCUGAGGAAUAUGCUGCCAGCUGUUUGACAUGCUCCUCCUCUAGGUGAGCUGAGGCAGAUGGUGUCAUCCGUUACUCGUCUAGCCUCUCUUCUGUUCUGUCCUUUCUUAAACAUUUCUCUAAAGCAGAUAAUCUAGCAAAGAUUCUGCUAGUGAGAAAUGUUUGUGUAUGUUGUUAAAAGCGUACUUUGCUAUGAGUAGUAGGUCAUUGGGGAGGACUCUCAUGACAGAGCUGGUAGUCUGUUACUAGCAUGCCUUCAUCUGUAUAAGGUGCUCAGCCUAAGCUUUGCUUGAAGUGCAUACAUGUUACAAACUUAAAUUGCCAACACAUAAAUUACUCUGUGAGCAGACACAUUUUUGUCCUCCGUGUCUGUUUCUAGGAGGGUGUGAGCUGUAUUUGUAUCACUGACGUGUCACCUAUAGUUGUGUCCUGGAUCGUUCAUAACAUGCUUUGUAAGAACAGCUGACUCAUUACACGUGAAGGGCAGGUUGUACCAUGAAGUGAAGGCCAUUGUCCAUCCUCCAGCCCUCAGGUUUCUUCUGUCCCAUGCUUGUUAGCUGCACAAGCAGCUGCAGCAUGAACAAAAGAAAGGCUCCUGAACCUGCUGUCUCCAGUUUAAAGAAUUAUUUGGCUAAAGAAAUAGUCAUUAGUUGACUUUUGGAUUUGAAAGCCUCAAUAAUUUCAAUGACAACAAUCUUUUUUUUUUUUUUUUUAAUUAGCCACAAAUAGCCUGAUAAAUUUUCAUGGAAAAAUAGUUUCAGUUUAAUUCUUAAUAAUAGUUUAGUGCUUUUUUGAAUUACUGGUUUAACCUAAAUUUAAAAAAAAAUAUAUGACUGCAUAUGCCAUAAUCACAAGUUUAAAAUAUCCUAUUUCUUAAAUAAAAAGGAGAACAUUAAUCAUAUUUAGCAGACAUUUUUACAUUCAAAACUGGAUAUUGAAAUAAGUGGAACAAUUGCUUUAAAUCACUGUCUGUUGAGGUUCUUGAUUCACAUUUUGAAAUGGGUUCUUUUCUUAAUGCAAUACCUAACUUUUGAUAAUUUUUUAAAAUUAAAUAUUUAAUCAGAUAAUGUAAGUCAAAAUGCAGACGAUCCUUUAAAAGGACACACUGUCUGUGUAGCAACAGCUCCAGAUAUGUCGGAGCGGUUUGAUAUCUUUUCUAUUUUAAGUAGCCUUAAAGAACAGUGAAAAUUUAAAAUUGACAAAAUAUUUUUAAGACUUCAAAAUGGUAAAUAAUUUUUAACUAUUAUAAUUGGCCUCAAACUAACAAAUUUAAAUCUGUAGGAAAAUCAAUAUUAAGUAUUAGGUUAACAACAAAAACUCAAUAUUUAUUUUUUGGAAGCUGCCUUUUUAUUGAUGAUUUAUUUUUAAUUAUAAAAUUUACAUCAGAUCUUUGAUUAAAAACUUUGAUGGUUUGAAAUAGCCACUCAAGGAAAUUGCCUUUAGAAUUAUAAGAUUCUUUAUAAAAUGCAUCUUCAUGAAGGUGAUUCUCUAAUUGGUAAUUGAAAUGUAACAUUUAGUAUGAUUUCAACAUCUCACUGGAAGUAUCUACAUGUUUUCAAGUAGUUAUUUUAAUAAUUUCAUUAGCAGGUCAGUUCCUUGCAUGUGAUUGUUAAAAUGUUUUUCUCAAGGAGCUCAGAUUCUCAGCAGUCUGUACUACAGUUGGGACUAACCCCUGAAGUUGCUGGGUUGGUCCCUAUACCACAUGGGCUCUAUGGGAGUUGGCAGUUUAUGUCUUUGCUUCCCUUUUCUGUGUAUGGAGGCCUCACCAACCUUGAUUCUAUAACAGUUACUACAUUUUGUAUUUUAAGUAAUUUCUACAGGGAUCAUUUUGGAACACAGAAAUGUUCAGUAGUAGUAUUUCACUCUGACUGUAAAUCAGGAAGCCUUCCCACCCACUCUGGGAGGUGCCUCAGUGUAGACUGUGUCUGCGGAGGAACGUGAGUUCAUGAGUAUGCACAGAGCACUUAAACCUUGUCUCUUCUUUCAGAAGUGUCUGCAUAUGGCUUCAUGAAGCUAAGCCCAGGAAAAUAUUGUUAUCUGAAGCAUCUUAACUCAUAGAUUAGUUUCUUUGAAAGAUGUAGCCUGUUUGAUAUCAGAAGCCCAUCACACUGAGUUGCCCUUCUUAAGUUAGUCUUAUGUGUAAUAUUUUGUUUAAAUAUGAUGACAUCACAUGCAGGUUGGGCUUUCAGUAGGAAUGGGAACUUGCUGCUAGUGAGAAAUGGAGUGAGAUGCUACUACGGACUCCACAGACAGGCUGUAUCAACGUUGGAGAAACUGCUGCAUCCAUGUAUGAUGAGAUGUGGAGAGGUGCAUAAGUGAAUUGAUUCUUAUGCUAUUGUCCUUGAGCCUCUCAGCUGAAUUGUAGAGACCACAUGGUUCUUGUGUCCAGCAUUUUAUCAAAGAAUAAAGGAUUAAACUAUGCUCUUUUUAGAAAUGGUAGGUUGUUACUCAAAAUGCUUACAUAUAAUAGGAUUAUUGACCUGAGGUUAUUUAUGAAUCUGGAAGCCUUCUAGUAUGCACAUUUGUGUUGUUGGUGUAUUUUGGAAAACAAAAGCUCAAUAAAAAACAAGCUUCCAUUGGUGUGUAUAUUAUAUCAGAUAUAAACACAUGUAAGAACCUCCCUUCUCCCCUUCUAGAAUACUGUAACAGUCCUAGUUUGCAUAUUUGAUAUUUAUUUGUCAUACUCUUUCAUACCAGCAGCUUCUAAGUGUAACUGAUCAGAGAAACUCUGAUGUCAUAACCUGAAGUGUCUUGCUCCGAAUGGGGCCAGCUCUGGUAGCACUGUCAGAACACAGUGAUGCAGAGGGAUUGCCACACACCAUGUAGUCACACUUGAGGUGGCCUCAGAUGCAGUCUGUAGAAUGUGUAUCUCCAGUGUGAGGAGCUUGAGACACGGGGUCAAUAGUUUUAGUAAUUUUGAGGGUUUUUUUUGUUUGUUUUUUUGUUUUUUUUUCCUGUCACUUAAUCUACAGUGAUUUUGAUUUUAACAGAGGCUCAGCUUUAACAGGAGAAAAGCAGGGAGCACAGCAGGCGCAGAGUAGGGCUGAAAAGCUCCUAAAGAGUUCUCUGCCUUUGGCUGUGUCAGCUGUGGAGGCUUGGCUUGGCUCAGGGCUUCAUGUUCCAUUCUGAGCCAUCUGCCUACAGAUUCAUUUAAUUCUUACUAAUUUCCUGUUACUGAAGAAAGAAAGUCCUGAAAAUAUAAAAGGUUUUCUUAAACUGUUGAAGUAUGUGUCUGACAUGAAGGAUGUAACCCAGCUUUCUGUUCCUUAAGCCAAAUAGUGUUCGUCUUCAGUGUGAAACUUAACUGUAAAAACUGCUUGUAUAAUGUCAAGAGAUUAUAGAAACAUUAUUAAUAAAAUGGACAUGAGCCUAUGAUUUUUUUUAAAUCAAA